GGAGAUGAUGAGAAUCAGGCAAGGGAACUGUCAAAUAUAAUCAGUGGAUGCAAGCAAACAAGUGAUAUUCAACAACAACCUGCUAACAGCAGCCCCAAUAAGGAUAGACUACCCCUUCAAGCCAGUUCUUCCAGCAACAGUUUCAGUACCAUCAACAACUUAACAGGUACAGUGAAUUUCUAUGGUGCAUUUUCUGGCUUUCCAGGUCUAUGCCAGUGCCAACUCACCAAAGCACAGAGCCACGACGUACAUGGAAAAGGAUCAGAGCUUCUGUACUCUCAGACUCAGAUGAGGACUAGCUAUUGCUGA